UGCUGAUUAAAUCCCACCUAAAGACCUUUGCUUUGAGCUGCAUCGAUCCGGGGCUGUUUGCUUUGCCAGAAGCAAAGGAACAAAGAUCACCAUUUUGUCCUUCCCCAGGUGCCGCCAUGACAUCCCUGCUGCUUCUGCUUCUGCUAAUCUUUGUGGUCCUUAUUCCAGGGCAACCAUUCCAGGGUCCGCAUCAUGGCAGGCCGUUUAGGGGGAUGCAUGAAGAGACAGCACUCAGUGAGCACAAGCCCUGCCAUUUCCCUUUCCGCUUCCAACGUGAAAUGCACCAUUCUUGCAUCCCGAGUUUUUCCGUAUUUCAUAAGCACUGGUGCGCCACCACAGAGAACUAUGACCGAGAUGGGGAAUGGAGGUACUGUGGGAAAGAGGAGAGGCCAAGAGGACACUGUGACCCUAACCCAUGCCAGAAUGGUGGGGACUGUGAAGCUAGGCGAAUGGGAUUCCAUUGUAUCUGUGCAGCUGGCUUCCAUGGGAAACACUGUGAGAAAGAAGACUGCUUUGGAACUAAAGGACUGCUGCACAUUGGCAGGAAGGACACCUGGGUGCGGCACCGGCCCACUGGACCAGAGGAGUGCCAUUGCGCAUGGAAGAAGCUUGUCUGCAAGCCCAUGCAUGGAAAGGCAUGUGCAACAAACCCUUGUAUGAAUGGAGGCCGCUGUCUACAAGUGAAGCACAACUUGGUGUGCAGCUGCCCUGAAGGGUUUUCUGGGCCACUGUGUGAUAUAGAGCACACCCAGACCUGCUACAGAGAGAAUGGGCGGCUAUACCGAGGCAUGGCCCACUACACUGUCUCAGGGGCACCGUGCCUGCCCUGGGACUCUCCACUCCUGUUAAAUGAGUACUCCAGCAGUAUGAACAACGCAUCCCUCUUUGGCCUGGGGCCACACGCCUUUUGCAGAAACCCAGACGGUGACAGCCAGCCAUGGUGUUAUGUGCUGCGCAAUAUGCAGCUCAGCUGGGAAUUCUGCAAUAUCACCAGCUGCCCUCCCCAAUAUACAGGUACCAUGGCAGCACCGGUAGCAGAACAGCCUCUGGCACCUUUGGAAACAGAGUCAAUGGCUCAGAAGAAGCCUGAGAGCGUCAGGCCAACAACUGGACCAACCCAAACUGUCCCCAUCCCAGCUCCAGUGUGUGGGCUGCGCUUUCCCAAGACCACCACCUCCUCACGCAGUCGUGUAGUGAGAGGCAUGGUGGCACUUCGUGGCUCCCACCCCUACAUGGCUGCCAUCUACAUAGGGGAUCAGUUCUGUGGAGGAAGCCUCAUUGCUUCCUGCUGGGUCCUGACAGCUGCACACUGCCUAGAGUUCAGGCCAGAUGUUUCCAAGAUUUCAGUGGUGCUGGGCCAGACCCAAUACAACAGAAGCACAGAUGGCUCCGUGAAGUUCCAAGUACAGAAUUAUCUACUGCAUGAGCAUUAUUCUGAGAUCACCAAACGCCAUGACAUUGCACUGGUGCGAUUGAAGGAAAAGGCGCCAGGACACUGUGCUGAGUUGUCACACUCCAUCUUGCCAGUGUGCCUACCAAAUUCAACAAAGACAUUUGACACCAGCAAGCCAUGCCAGAUCGCAGGAUGGGGACAUAUGUAUGAAGGAGCUGACAAACUCUCUGUGUACCUGCAGGAGGCAGAUAUGCCUAUUAUUCCUCAUGAGCAGUGUCGUUCCAAAGAGGUCCAUGGGACCCACAUUGCAGAAGACAUGUUGUGUGCUGGGUACAUGGAUGGAAGAGCUGAUGCUUGUCAGAACACUGGCAUGUUUCUCCCACCCCCGCCGUACAGCCCAUAUUCUUCAGCUCCAGGCAACACCGUCUGCAUUAUUCUUGAGGGGGAUGAAGAGCCUGAGCAGGUGUGGUUUUGAAUGCUCACAGAGCUAUGAAGCUGUGUCCUGUGGCCAAGCCCAUGGCCGCUCAAAACUGGCUCUCAGAAGAAGAGCUUCUAGGAAAGGAGUGCCAAGAUCACAGGCCUAAUUUGAGCAUGUUAGUAUCUUGUGCACGUGCUCCCCCAAGAGGAAUAAAUAAACAAAAACAUGUUGAAGUGUUGGGGGGGGAGUUUAAGAAGUUUUAUUAAUUUCUGAACACCAGAGGGCAGCCCAUGUCCUCACUAUCUCCAGUAAGAGACUCCAGAGCAUGGACGGAAAAUUUGCAUUGGCUGAGACUAGGAAAGUCAUUGAACAUAAUUUUUAUCACCACUUUAUGACAUACACUAGGUAAGAAAGCCCAGAGAUUGGUGGGAUGACAAGCAAGGGCAUGCCCAGCCUACCAGGAUUCAAGCAGCAUAGAAAUUGGGACACAGUGACAGAGACCAGCUAGAAAAAGAAAUCCGCAAGUGCUAUUUGCACAAUGCAGAAGGACUAAAGAGUUUGUUACAGAACUUAUAUUCUCAGAAGAAAGUACACAGUACACUGCACUGGGCCCUUUUCAACUACAGUACAUGUUCUUACCCUGGCAGAGAACCACAGCAUUAUACAGGGCAUGGCAAAGCACGUGUCUCAGGGCUCAUCUCAUCUCAUCUCAUCCAUAGUUAAAACCAUGCUCAAGACAGCUCACAACAUGGGAGAAACCCACCUAAUUACAAACAUAGUUGUAAACAAUAAAAAGUGCACUAAGUUUCCACAAAAAUCGUAAUUUCAUUGUUGUUGGCAUUCCUGUGUCUAAAAUAAAACUAUAAAAAAUGAAGAUCAAUAAUAACAACAACAACCUCCCUCCCCCUCACAAAACCCUCUGAACAAAACCCCAGCGCAACAGUCUGUUUGGCAGCCUCAGCUUCUGUAGCUGGGGUCAGUCAGGGUCUUCCCCUCCCAGGCCAGGUGGAAAAAGACCUGAAAGGCAGGGGGCAGGUCUUCU